CUACUUUAUGUAACAAUGAUCCAUGUUUUUCCCUCACCACAGUUCAAGAGGAUGCUGAACAGGGAGCUGUCCCACUUGUCUGAGAUGAGCCGCUCUGGGAACCAGGUUUCAGAGUACAUCUCCAGCACCUUUCUGGACAAGCAGAACGAGGCAGAGGUUCCCUCCCCUACCCUGAAGGAGAAGCCCAUGAGCUACAUCAGCGGGGUCCGCAAGCUGUCCCACAGCUCCAGCCUGACCAGCAUCACCCUGCCGCGCUUCGGGGUCAACACCGAGCACGAGGACCAGCUCGCCAAGGAGUUGCAGGACUUGGAUAAGUGGACCUUUAACAUCUUCAGAGUGGCAGAGUUCUCCAACAACAGGCCCCUCUGCUGCAUCAUGUACUCCAUCUUUCAGGAGAGAGAGCUGCUGAAGACCUUCCGGAUCCCGGUGGAUACCUUCGUGACCUACAUGAUGACCCUGGAGGACCAUUACCACGGCAACAUGCCAUACCACAACAGCCUGCACGCCGCUGAUGUCACCCAGUCCACGCACGUCCUCCUCUCCACGCCCGCCCUAGACGCGGUCUUCACUGAUCUGGAGGUCCUGGCUGCCCUGUUCGCUGCGGCCAUCCACGACGUAGACCACCCUGGGGUCUCCAACCAGUUCCUCAUCAGCACCAACUCGGAGCUGGCCCUCAUGUACAACGACGAGUCGGUGCUGGAGAACCACCACCUGGCCGUGGGCUUCAAGCUCCUGCACCAGGACAACUGUGACAUCUUCCAGAACCUCAACAAGCGGCAGCGCCAGAGCCUCCGCAAGCUCGUCAUUGACAUGGUGCUGGCCACAGACAUGUCCAAGCACAUGACCCUGAUGGCUGAUCUGAAGACCAUGGUGGAGACCAAGAAGGUGACCAGCUCUGGGGUGCUGCUGUUGGACCACUACACCGAGCGCAUACAGGUGCUGAGGAACAUGGUGCACUGCGCGGACCUGAGCAACCCCACCAAGCCCCUGCCCAUCUACAGGCAGUGGACGGAGAGGAUCAUGGAGGAGUUCUUCAGACAGGGAGAUAAGGAGCGGGAGCGGGGAAUGGAGAUCAGCGCCAUGUGUGACCGACACAACGCCUCCGUCGAGAAGAGCCAGGUGGGUUUCAUCGACUACAUCGUGCACCCCCUGUGGGAGACGUGGGCCGACCUGGUGCACCCCGACGCCCAGGAGCUGCUGGACACCUUGGAGGAGAACCGGCAGUGGUACCAGAGCACCAUGCCCCAGUCGCCCUCCCCUCCGCCGGACAGGCACCUGCAGACCGACCGCUUCCAGUUCGAACUCACCCUGGAAGACCUGGAGCACAACAACCACAGCCACGUGCACCUGGGCAACGCCGUGGACGCAGAGCGGGCGCCGCGCUGCCACUGCAACGCCAACUGCACCGACGGACCCCUAGACGGCACGGAGGCGCCUAGCAACCACGUCAGUGAGGAGGAGGAGGAGGAGGAGGAGGAGGAGGAAGAGGAGGAGGAGGACAGUCAAAAGGAGGUGCACUACAAUGGCGAGCAGAACGGUUUCAACCAAGAGGAGGACAUGGGAGGCGCGGAGGAGGAACCGGAGAAGGGGGAGGAGGUGGUCGUUGAGAGCGCCAAGGAGGAGGAAGAAGAAGAGGAGGAGGAGGAGGAAGGAGGGGAACCUGAUGCAGAGGAGUGCGGAGCAGCAGAUGAGGACACAGGUGGGGACGAUAGGGCGGAAGAGGAGGAGAAGGAGGAGGAGGAGCUCCCCAACGAGGAGGAGGAUGGGAGAGAGAUGCCCGAGGAGACGGAGGCGGAGGAGGACCAGGCAGAGGGGGGGGAUGAGCAAAACGAACAAGAAGGAGGAGAGAUCGAAGGCGAGAGGGAGGAGGAAGAAAAGCUUGAGGGAGACGGCGAAGCUGAAAAGGAGGACAGAGAGGAGGAAAGUGAUCUGGAAAAGGAAGAUCAUCUAGACAAGGAAGAGGUAGAGGAGGAGAGGGAAGAUGAAGAGGAAGACAGGGAAGAGAAUCUAGACAAGGACGAGAUAGAGGAGGAGAUUGAAGAGGAGGAGGGGGAGGAUCAUACGGAUCAAGGCAGGGGGGAAGAAGAGGAGGUAGAGGGAGAGGAGGCAGAAGAGGAGCUAGUGGGAGACAUGCUGGAGGAGCAGUCAGGGGAAGAUGGCGAGGUUUCAGAGAAGGAGGAGGUAGAGGAAGGGGAGACGGAGGAUGAAGGGCAGGAGGAGGAAGAGGAGAGUUAGCUGGUUGUGGAAUCACAACAAAAGAUCAAAGUAAUAACCCGUGAGGGGAGACUCUUGUGGAGACUUCAUGGAUAGAAGGACACAUGAUGGCAGUAGAUAGUGAGAUAAAGAGAGUAAGAGUGUGAGAAUGACAGAGAAAGAGUGAGAGAAUGAGAGAUGAGUGGGAGAGACAUGUUACCUGUAGAUAACACUGAAUCAACUGCAAUGUACGAACGCAAGGAGGAAUGAAACAUCCCUUAUACCUUAUAUGCUCCGAAACACAGCCUUCAUACUGUUGUGUGUGCUGUAGCACACACACAAAACGUUUGGAAGACAAAUUGUGUGGGCAACUGAAAGAAAAUAUAUCAUUUGUCACCUGAGGUAUAUUUCGCGGACAAGAGACAGAAAAACAUGUACUGUACACCAAAAACUGAUUUUUACCAUAUUUUAAAUGUGUUCAAAUGCUAUAAAUGUUGGAGCCUAUGCACUGUAUGGAUUGGUAAUAACUUAAAAACAGUGUUUCACAAGUCAAUCUUUUACGACAGAGAGACCAAUGAUCUGCAUCACCUAGCAUCUACUCUACAUACAUCACUGCCAUAGGGAAUUAGGGUUGAAAGUGAGUUUUAUCAAACUUUUGUAGCACCCCUGGUCCAAAAUACACACAUGCAAACAAGUGCAUGUGAAAAAACCUCCAGAUGUCAUGGACUAUUGCUGUCUCGUUCUCAGUGACGCACGUACGUGGGCCUACAUGUGUACACACAACACACACACACACACACGCGCGCGCGCACAUAAACUAAAGACUCUUUAUGUUGGUGUUUGAAUACUGAACAACAUGGAUACUAACUAUUCUUCCAUUUUUGUCGGAAAAAUGUAAAGAAACGCAAAAAAAUGUCUUUGGAAUAUAUAUAGUCUGUUGUCUUUACUCUCCGUGUUUUCCUUUGGAAUCAAAACUGCUGGGUAGGCCCUGGUCUGGGACCAGAGCCACAGUCACAUACGCCAACUGAUACGUCACGCCGUUGGAUAUGGGAAACCAUUCUAUCUAUAACGUCAUGAUAAAACGUGCUAUGUAUGGUGUGGGGAUAACAACAUCAAGGGCUUUUUUUUGUCCAGUUAUAAACACAGAUCUUCAAGAAGAAAAGGCUAACUCAUAACAUUCAGCUCAAACUGGAACCGCCAUAUACUACCCUAAACAAGGUAUUGCAACGACAUCAUGGAUGAAGUCCCGAUGACAAAUCACAGCCACUUUCGUAGAGAAAUACGCCAUCCGUUCCUUCUGACCGAGUUCUUUGACCUGUCGAGACAUGGUCUGUGGAACCAGGGAACCGGUGUGAUGGUCUUCCGCCAUUCCCCAUUUUGUCUUUGUUUAUUUAUUGUAAAAAAAAAAGAAGAAGCUUUUGGCACUUUAUCUAACACCUCUGUUACAAAUAUGUAUAUAGUGAACAUGUAUUUUAAUCUGCUGAUGUCACACAAUAAAUAUGAUUGGUCAACAAAGUUA